AUGUCCGCCGCCGCUGUUCGCUCGGCGUACGUGCCCCGUACAGGCUCUUUGCCUCCCCGAUCUCCUUCCUCGGGCUCAGCCUCAGGCUCUGGCUCAGCCGCCCGCCGUCCCGCCUUCAACCCUCGCACACCAGCUUUCAACGUCUCAUCGCCUCAGCCUGUUUCAGAAGAGGCCAAGCGCAACGCCGAGGCAGUCCUCAAGCUCAUCGGCCGACUUCCCGCCCCCAUUGCAUUUGCACUCCCUCCGCCCGACUGCAAGAACCCUCCCAAAAACCCACCAACCGCAGAGUUUUCCAGCUUCCAGGAGUAUGCCCGCGCCCAGAAGCGCAAGCUGAGCAGUGACGAGACUCCCAACGGCGGCCUCGGCUUGGGCCUUAACCUUGCCUCCAGCUCCAACAUCUCCUCACGCCCUCCACUUAAAAAGGCCCGCACCACUGACGUUGUCCCUGGCGGUUCCUCGGCCCAACCAUCACGCGCCUCUCUACUCUCCUCUCCCAAGAACCGCAGCUCGUUGCGCAACGAGAUUACUCGUGGGGGCACCGGUAAGGGUGACUGGACGCCCGAGCAAUGGAAGUCUUUGUCGGACGAGAUUGGCAAGCGCGCGCUCCAGAUGAAACGACUUGGUGAUGCCUACAUGUACCCCGCUGCUGCCAAGGGCCACCUCCUCAACAGUGUCCCGCAGGACAAGCUGCGUGGGUUGCUGCUGCUCACCGAGUCGCUCUGCUACUACCUGUACCGGAACUUUUGCGAUGAGCGCGUGAACCGCGGUGUCGUGUCAACUUCUGCAUACAUGCAGCUCGACGCGCUCCGCGUGUACGUUCGGCAGAGAUGGGACGACCACGCCUCGCUCAUGAGUGACUGGAAAGAGCACAUCAAGGGCAUGCAGGGCCUCAUCUACCUCAUGGAGGCGAUUACCUCGGACGUCAUCGCGCGAACAGACCUGCGCUCGCUUCACCUUCGCAUGGGCAAGGAAAUUUCCAGCUCUUCGACAUCUGGGCCCUCACCUUCCUCGUCGACGGCCUCUCCGGCCGGCAAUGGUCGCUCACCCGGCUCGUCGUCCUCGGAGCUCCCUGCCGAUCUCCUCAAGCUUCUCAACGUUGCCCACACUUCGAGUUCAAGCUCACAGCGUGCACUGCUGCAGUCGCGUGCUAUUCUUUCACUCCGUUUGCUCAAGAACAAGUUUCCCGAAACGUACGACCGUGCCAUCAACUCUGAUCUCGCCGAUGACAUAUUGUCCGGUGACACCCUUGGCUGCGCACGUAACCUCGAUAUUGACGACCUGGACGUGUUUGCCUGGCCGAUCGAGCUUGGCAUGCAAAAUGGCGUCGCGCACAUUGCCGUCUUUGGGCGCUCUCUCGUGCGCGAGUUUGCGCUGGCCGCGGGCAAGCCAUGGGAUGUGUCGUCGUCGUACGCGGAGAGCCCUCCCUGA